GAUUAAAUAAAACCUCCUGGAACGGCGAGAACAACUAUCAUUCUGAUCCCGCUCACUUCACAGAGAGUACCAGAGAGUGAACUUAAGAUGCGUCUCCUUGCUGAAAUGUGUGUUCUGGUGGCUGUUGUCCUGUCCUGCCUCCUCCCUUUGUCCUCAGCUUCUGAAGGCCUCUUCAGAAAAGCCCUCAUCUUUCCGGUGGAGAAUGCCAGAAGCUAUGUCACCCUCACCCCACAGAAGCCCCUGCAGAUGUCAGCCUUCACACUCUGCAUGCGCCUGUCCACUGAGCUGCCUGUGGGGCGGGAGGUGAUUCUGUUCGCCUACCGCACAGCAGACAACGACGAGCUGAACGUGUGGCGCGAGAAGGACGGUCAGUUCUCUUUCUACCUGGCGGGGGACGGGUUGAUGUUCAAACUGCCCCAGCUGAGCGCCUUGGGGACGCACAUGUGCGUCACCUGGGACUCCCAGUCGGGCUUGUCCGCUUUCUGGGUUGAUGGGAAGAGAAGCGCCCGACAGGUCUAUCGCAAAGGACACACAAUUCGCUCUGAAGGCACCAUCCUGCUGGGGCAGGACCCUGAUAAAUUACUUGGAGACUUUGAUGUGACCCAGAGCUUUGUUGGCGAAAUCAGUGAUGUGAACCUGUGGGACUAUGUUCUCCCGGCCAGUGACAUUCAAGCAUUGUACACACGCCACCAGGCUCCCACAGGCAAUGUUUUAGAUUGGAAUACCAUACAGUACCAGACAAAUGGCAUUGUUUUAGUCAAACCUGUUGAUGAGGGCAAGUGAAUUGGAAUACUGGUGGUCUCAGUUUUAUUUUUCAAAGCCACCAGUAUUACAUAUUUCUUACUUUUUAGGCAUUCUUUUUCUGUCUACUCAUCCACUGCAGUGCACUAACUCGAGAUGCACUGGUUUCAACGUGAACAAAAAACAUUUUUUCAUGAGCUGUCGUGAACAUUUUUCAUGAACAGGUUUGAGGAACUUCGCUUAUGUCAGUAGUGAUCUUACCUGUAAUGUAUCUUGGCUUCCCCGUGAUUAAAAGGCCUAUCGAGUUUA